AUGAGCGCCAAGUCACCGAUAGCCACCAACUGGGUGACUCCCUUUGGGAGUCCCAGUAUCCCUCACUACCGGUACGCUCCAUUGAGUGCCAAGUCACCGCUAGCCAAACACUCCCAGCACACCCGCUACCGGCAUGCUCCCAGGAGUGCCAAGUCCCCAUUAGCAGACAGUCAGGUUGUUCUUCAUGGACUCCAUGAUUUAAAUGAGGCAUUUUACCCUAUCUCAACACUCAUUUGUGCUCUUGCAGAGUUCUCAGUCCUUAUUUCUCUGGAAGUCCAUACUGAUGAAACUCUUGAAUGGGGUCAUAAAGUUGUGCAGCGACUUUCAGAUGCAAUGAAACAGCUAGUUGGGAAUAUGAAAAAGGCACACACUAAAUCAUUAGCACCCAAUGGGCAGAAAUCUUGGCUGUUCCCCAAAGCACAUGCAACAUCUCACACCUUUGAUGAUGUGUGCAAGAAAGGGGCCCUUAUUCAUGCCAGUACCAAGCCAGGUGAAAGGCAUCAUUGGGAAUACUGGCAGAUGUAUUUGUCAAGUAACAAAAAAAAUGUUGACAAGCAGAUUGUGCUUAAGGACCAACACAAAGCAGUUUUGAAGUUAAUAAAGCGGAAUAUUGAGCAUGCAGAAGAAUAUAAUGCUCAGCAGAUAAUGCCCAGGGAGCCCAGUGAUGACUCACACAUUCCAACACACCAGGAUGAUGAAGUAAUUCACAUCAAAUUACGCAGCCCACACAGGCAUCCAUAUGGCCUCACUCUCAGCAUGGUUGAGCAUGAACAAACCAUGGCCCAACAUUCCAUUUUCAAGGAUUUCCAGCAUAAAACACUCAAUUUCCUCAAAACAGUUUAUGGGCUGGCAACCUUACUUCCUAAAACUGAGAAUAUCACUGAGUACCACUUGCUUGAGGUUGCAUAUGAGUCACAAGUUCACUGGUACACCAAUCAUGAUUUACUCUGCACCAAUCCAAAUUUCUAUGGGCAAGCCCACUAUGAUUCUGUAAUGGUAGACACAGUCAAUGGCCCAGCUUUUGCCCAGCUGGUCCUGAUGUUUGGUAUCACACCUUCAAGUAUCAUUGGUACAGUACAACUUGCCCUCAUCCGCUGCUACACUCCUAUCCACCCCAGUUCCUGCCCACUUUCAGACAAACCUGUUAGCUUCAGACGAUUCAAACUUAGUGAAGAAAGUUCAUCCACUAUCAUCUCAUUGGAAUCUGUCAUUUGUGGAGUGUUGGUCCCCACAUUCUUGGAGUCCAGCAAUGGAGCAGACACAUUUUUUGUCAAUGACCUUGUUGAUGGUGACAUAUUUAUUCGAAUGAGGCAUUUAACACACUGUAGCUGA